UGCUACGUCUUCUCAUUUCUAUUUUUAUCACAACGCCAACAAUGCAAUCAUGCUGGAGUGAGGAUGGAAUCACCCGAUGAAAACUUGGUUAAGAACGCUUGAUUUUACAGUUAUUUUAUGAGGUCACGCAGUGCUGUUUGUGAGGGUUGGAUGUAGGCGACGACACACCUUAUACUUUUACAUUGACGAGGUUAAGACUGGUGAAAUGCAAGGGGUGCUGUGGAGCUUGAGGUCUGCGCGAGAGAAGUGGUGAGAGGCUUGUUUUGGAGGAUCUAUCAUUUUAGUGUGAGGAGGAAGCACUGGUGAAGUUGGUAGGGCGGGGGAGCUGGAUGAGUGGAGUGGCAGUUGGGGCAUGGUCACCACAAGCACUGGUGCGAUGCGCCACCUUCUGCACGCCCCACACGAGCACGCCAAGUGUGGGCCAUGCCCUGUUGCAGCACUUCCUGCGAGGAUGGCCUGGGAAUGAAGUGAAAAGAAAUGUGAGGAGUGUCGGUUUCUCUACUGGUACUGCCUGUGCUGCUGGUGUCUGUAAGAAGACAUUCUUCUGCCCGUUCCACUCCAACUCCAGUUCUUUGCGGCUCUACCACCGGACAUCUCGUCUCCCCUACCAGCAGCUUGCCUUGAACGGGAGAUUGGCUGGUUCGUGCAAAUCCGUUUCUUCAAUGGAAAAACAGCACGUGAAUACCCGGUUGACUGCUCCUGAUUGCCCAGAUGUGGUGAUCGGUAAUCCAGUGCAGCUGGAGGAAAAAAAGAAGGCCAUUAAGUCUGCUGGACUUUCCACUCUGCAGGUCAUUGCAGAUUUUGAUAUGACUCUCACCAAGUACUUGGUCGAUGGUGUGCGUGGUCAAAGCACCCAUGCUUUAUUGAAAAGCAAUCCUGCCUAUGACCGAAAGCGGCAUGAGUUGUUUGAGUAUUAUUACCCCUUAGAGAUUUCUCCAACCCUGCCUGCUGACGAGAAGGCCAAACAUAUGGAAGAAUGGUGGGAGAAAUCACAUGCUUUAUUGAUUGAAGGCGGCCUCAACUACGAGUCAAUCGUUUCUUCUGUUGCAAAUGCUACUAUAAGUUUUCGUGACCGAAUCACCGAGUUUUUUGAGACUCUGGAUGAAGAUGGGGUACCGUUGCUGAUUUUCUCGGCUGGUCUUGCUGAUAUAAUUGAAGAGGUAUUAAAACAAAAGCUUCAUCGAGUAUUUUCAAAUAUAAGAGUCGUGUCUAACCGCAUGGAAUUUGAUGACUGCGGUGAUCUUAUAGGUUUCAAAGGAAAAACCAUCCACGUGCUGAACAAGAACGAGCAUGCCUUAGAGAUGGCCGCACCUCUACAUGAUGAUGAUGGGAAUCUUGUGGGAGAGAACACUGGAGCAGCUAUAAUUCAAGGCCGUUCAAAUGUAUUAUUGUUGGGUGAUCAUCUCGGCGACCUUGGAAUGUCAGAUGGCGUUGAUUAUGAUAACCGCAUUUCCAUAGGAUUUUUAAAUGAAAACGCUGAGAAUUGGCUUGAGACCUACAAGAAGGCUUUCGACAUUGUUAUUCUGAAUGAUGGCUCCUUGAAACCUGUUAUUGAACUGGUGAAGGAACUGCGUACUUAAGCGAUUCCCAAAGUGACUUAACAUCAUCACCAAUUGUCAAAACAUGAGAUUACUCAAUUUUUACACCUGAUUUUUCUAUGCCACAAAGUAUGUAACAAAGUGAAACUAUUGACAGUACGAUUGGCUUAGACAUUCAUUGUUCAUGCAGAAAAUAUUUGUGGUAGUUUGUAAUGGAACUAUUAGUAACAAUCUGAACUUGUUGCACUGUUUGUGAAGUAUACUGGAAGGUGAAAUCCUUUCUUGUCGGAUUCCAACA